AUGUUUAGUAGACUUCUUGAAUCGAUGAAGCACAACAGGAUGCACCUGUGCCAAGUACAAUGUCUGGGAGCAAUGGCUCUCCUCUUGGUUGAGGUAAAGGCUACCAUGCUCCCUUUCGAUGGCUGGGGAGAUAAGGAGGCAGAGUCUUUAGGGGGUAUCAGUGGCUCUGAAGGCCAGUGGACUGCGGGUUCUUAUAUGGACGGCUCCAUCAACGAGGCAGCAUUGUCUUCUGAGCCUACAUUGACGAACAGUUUGCCUUCCCUCUUGGCUGGUCCUGCGUAUUCCAGUCUGGACUCAACAAGCCACUUUAUCUCUCCAGAGGAACUUUCGCAAAGCGAUCAACCUAAGGCCAAUGAAGCCGUAGCACCCUCACCUCCGCCGCAGAAGAACAAAGAGGGCCGAAGAGUGCUGUCUUCCUCCACUUUCAUUGCUGCAAUCCUCCUUUCGUUCGCAUGUUUGGGGCUGCUCACAGCCAGCACCCUCGCGGUGCACGGCCUUCCAAGACUGGAAGAGUUAUAUUCCAGCCAAAAGAAGGAGCAGCAGGAGCAGCAGGACCAGCAGGAGCAGACGCAGCAGGACCAGCGGACUCAAAAGCAGCACCAGCAACAACCACCGCAGCAGGAAGACGAGAGAACGGCUGAAGAAAAACUGCUUUGGAAGAGGUUAGAUGAGAUGCAGCAAUUGAGUGCACUGUUGACCGUUCUGACCGAUAUUUUAGGGAUUGUCGAUGAGGAUACGCAUGCUGCCUUUAACGACGUUCGCAAUUGUAUAGAAAAUGCCAAACAAGUGCAGCAGAAGAUCCUGGAGGGUUCGCUGGAAACGUGGGAGUCUCCAGAGAGUGUAAUGAAAAGCGUUGUAGACAGCGGUGCCUCCGCGCUGUCUCGAUUGUGUGAAGCGGCCCGAAGACAAGGGCUGUGGCUUGCGCAUCAAGUGAAGAAUAUUGAACCUCCAUCUAUUCUUUCUUUUAUGGCACUAGAUGCUGUGUCUCGUGUGAAUUCAAAAGCUGCAAAUGCUCUGCACAACUAUCUGGGGAGUCAGGUAUUCUCCUAUAAAUCGUCAAUGAAACAAGCUGCCAAGGCCAAAGCAGAACUGAAGCUGCUCCCGGCAUUGACCAACAUGGGGGGCAGUGAGAUAAUGGCUGCAAUUGCAGCGAAUGCCGAGUUCCUCAAAAUGGCGUUUGAAGUUGCACGAGCAGGGAGACGCUCUACCGUUGAGUUGGCAGAUGCUGCGACACUCUGGUUGGUGUCUCACUCCGUGCGACAGCAGGUAUGCAUGUACAGGGAAUGUCGAGACCUUCUGAAGGAACAAAAAGUCCUGUGUAGAUUAGAAAGACAGCGACAGGAGUCUCUUCCCCAAGGAGACAUAGCAACUCUAGAGACACUCGACUUGAUAGACAAGGAACUGAAGAGAGGAGAACAGUUGUUGAAGGCGCACCGCGAGGAAAUCGAGCAACUACACAAGAAAAAGGAUAUCACUUCUGCGGAAGUUGCUAAAGAGCAGGCCAAAGAAGUGGGAGAGGAGCUGAAGGCGUUGCUGGCAACGGUCGCGUCGCACAUGGGUUCAAUCCCCAGUAUCGCAACGGAUGCAUGUGAGAAUCCAGAGGUGCGGAGGCUAAUGGAAGCAGUGGCCACAAGGGCUAGCAAGGAUGCUGGAGCUGCCGCUAAGAAAACGAAAGAUAUCCUAAGCAUGUUUCAAUCUAGGGCGAUUCCCACACAGUCUUUGAUGGAGAUAGAGCGGAUGGCGGACCAUCAAGAGCCUGUACAGGAUCGACUAACGAACCCCUCAAUCUUACAAGAGCUGGAGAAAUCGCUGGAAGCGGCUAGAGAUAGGGCACGAUUGGCCUACAACGAUGCUCUCGCUGCAUCGGCAAGGACCAAACAAUACACCGGCGGCGAUUUUAACCGUAUGAAGAAAUUAGUGAAUGAUGCACAGAAAGCUGCUAUGGAGGCUGAACGCAUUUUGGGGGAUGCGGAGACUCUGUGGUUUCAGUGGCAGCUUGUGGAGUCUAUGGAACUUGACGUGCAGGUAAGCGCCAGAAUGUCACAGAGAGCAGCAGCAGCAGCAGAGCGGAACCAGCAGCAGCAGGAAGGGGAUUCCGAAGUGUCUUUCGCUAGAAAAAAGCAGUUUGAAUCCCUGCUGAAGCAAGUGAAUGCCCUGACGAGCGCGGUUCGCGCCCAGUCAGACGUGAAGGCCCUAGCAUCCACAGCAGCAGCGCUGAAGGGAGCAGCCAUGCAAUUGGUUGUAAUGGUUCAGGAUGGCCACCACAGCCGAAUCGGAAUGUUUUCUCCGUGA